GCUCAGACCCGAAAAGCACUCAAGAGGACGACGGCGACAAGACAUGUAUCUCUUGGGGGCGCACCUGCCCGACCACAAACUGGUCAGGAUUGCCCUGACGAGCUUCUACGGCAUCUCCCACCAAACGGCCAGGAGACUAUGCGCCCGUCUGCAAUUGCACGAAGCAGCAACCGUCUCGUCGCUCAACGACUCCCAAGUCACCGAGCUGUCUGCCUACCUGUCCUCUCCCGGCUCGAUCGCUGCGCGGAAACCGAGUCCGACGCUGCCGCACCCGCCCUUGGCCUCCUCGUCAAAAGAGUCAUCGGCGGAGCGCGGAAAGGACCUUUCGACCGAGCUAUUUAGCAAGACGCCCUCUUCGCAGCUAGCGUCGCCAAAGGAAGACCCGCUGAGAUCUAUCGUUGUCGAGAGCGAUCUCAAGCGCCAGAUGCUGGCCAAUAUUGCCCAUCACCGAACAAUUGGAACGUACAGAGGACGCAGGCAUGUCCAAGGCCUCCCGGUCCGAGGUCAGAGAACUCAGACAAAUGCACGGACAGCCAAGCGACUCAAUCGAGUGGAGAGAAGAGGUAUCUCCACGGCAGCAUCUAGCAGCAGCGCGAGUGGCCCAGUCAGCGUCGGAGCUCUUGUGAAGCCGCUUGCAGCGUUGCGCUUUAGCAGCGGCAAAAGACCAACAUUGUAGUAGUAGUAAUAGACAUGUCCAGUUCGUUGCUUUU